GGCUCGCCUAGGCUUACCAGCUUUAAACAAUUACCACCACCUGCAAACAGGCAACACUAUUUGCAAUUGAAACUCGUUUAUUGCUCUAAUUUAUUUUUAAUUAUUUUUUGUGCUUUGACAUUGUAUUUGUGGUGGUGGUGGUGGUGGGGGGAUCCACACAUGGCUGCCUUCCACACAGGCUGGCCUGGCUGGCCUUCAUACAGCCACAUGGCCCGUGAGUAUGCAGGCGUGGUGGUGCCGUCGCAUCACGUGAUACCCUGUUUUUACAAUAUGGUGGUUGAAAAGCCAAGUCCAAAAGAGAACAGGAUAUUCUUGCUGGACAGGUCUGUCUUUGAUUUGGUGGAUGAUCACAAAUUCCUUUCCUUGACUGACCCAAAGCUGCUGGGUUGGUAUCUGUGUUUGUCUCCAGAGGACAGAAAGAUCAUACAAGAUGGAGGAGGGUUUCAACAGUUCCUGCUAAGACAUCCCGCCCUAGAGCUGUCCCGGCAUCAUGUUUAUGUGAAGCGUUACAUUCCCAGUGUCGUACCUGCCCAGCCAACCAUGACGUCCAACAGGCCUACGCAUGUCUCACAAUCAAGAACAUCAGGAGCAACGCAAUCUGACUUUGAGAGACUCCCCAACAAUGUGAGGGAGACUUUAAACCUGCUUGGCUGCUACAACAGCGGGGAUGGAUCACAAAAACCUCCAACAGCCUUCAACAGCUCCACCACGCAGGAACUAAACCAGCAGAAGGUCCACACGAUGAGGGCUUCAUCCCAUCUGUACGAACAACGGCCAUCGUGGGAGAUGGCCAACUGCAGCGCCGCUGUGUGCAAGGACUCAGCCGCCCUGUCGAGCUUCUCUCUGGACACGGAGCUGGAUGGACACAGACGGGGGUGGCAGCCGGAUGUCUGGAGCCAGACUGCAAGGACACAAGGCCAGAGUGCCACCUGCUCGUACACCGAAGUCAGUCUACUGCAGUCAGAAUGGCCCACAAUUGAAUCUUCUGAGUACUACAGCUUUGAUAGUAUUCAAAUGGGUGGUAGAGAGCACAGUGACAGGAGCAUUAUCCAGCCGGCCGAGAUAGAACAGGCCAGCUCUCCUCUGGACCCAGUGAAGGAGAAUAGCACAGAGGAACGGCAGCAGGAUCAAAUGGUCCGUGGUUGUGAGUACGCUGAAGGUGAUGAUGAAGCCAGCUUAAGCUUUGGAGAUCAGAGUGACAACUUCCAUAGCAUCAUGGAGAACGACAAGAGCAUACUGGUCUGCCUGACCAGCGGAGAUGUGAAAGCACUCAAAGCUGGGGUUCACUCAGGUCCAGUCCAAACUGAUAGUGGAGCACUGGAAGCCAGCAGUGAGACCUCCAAGUCUGAUCAGUGUGUCACCAAGAUGAACGCUGCAGAAGAUGACCGCUCCCCUGUGCCCCGCGUUACUACCUGUGACACUAUGGUUGGCACCGAGCUGGCACUGAGCACGUCAGCCAUCACACAGACUGAGGAUCCAGAAACCGCUGACAAGCACAUCAUUACUGAAGUCCACAUGGCAGAUCUGGACUAUCUGGCUGAGGAAUUUAUCAAACUCAAGAUGGUCCGAGAGAAACUACGAAGCCAAAAAGAGGAAAUGAAAAGUGCUGGUUGUAAAUUGAGAAAGGAGUGCGACUGUCUCCAGCGUGCUCAGCGGGCGGAGCUUGGCCUGCUGGCUCUGCAGUACAGCAUGUGCACACAGCACUGCUGGAGGCUCCACUACAUCUCCUCUGAGGGAGGCCAGCUCCCCGCAAUGCCAAAGGACCCUUCUGCAAACAUUGCAAGUGUUCUGCAAAAACUGGAAUCUGACUAUAAUCAGAUGAGGGGGAAGAUCCGGGCAGGGGUUCCUCUGGAGAAGCUUAAGCCUCUGUCCGUUGAUCCUGAGAAGAUUACAACAUGUGCAAGUUACAUCCCUGCAAAGAUCAUGAGUGAUGUGCUGGGAAAUGUUCCAUCUGGGAGCUCCCAGGAGCCACAGAGACCUAAAACAGGAGAAGAAAGAGGAUGCCCCAAUAUUCAAAGUACAAACGGCUCCCAGCACAGUGAGAGAAAGGAAAAGGAAAAACGGAUAAAGAUGGAGAACAGCAAAGCAGGAAGAGCUGUCCCUCUUGUCCCCCAUGAUGGAGAUGCUACCCAUAAUGCACACAAGCCAGAAGAAAACCAGACCCCGGCAUGCCAAGAGCUCAACACAUGUGAGUCGUGGUUCGAUGCUGAAGAAAACCUGCAGCCUGCAGAGCCUGCAGUAGAGGCUGAGACGGGACAGGACCCCACAGUGAUGCUAAAAGACAAGACUUAUGAAAUAGCCAGCGAGGAGGUCAGCAGCUCAGUGCUCUGUGUUUCCAAUCUGCCCAGUGACGUGACUGAGAGUGAUGUGAUGCUGUGGUUUGAGAAAUACCAUCCCUCUGAAGUCAGCAUCUCUGCUCUAAAGAAUCAUUUGAGCGUUGCCAUAGUGACGGUAAGUGGACCCCAAUCUGCCGAGGCUGCAGCGAGAGAGCUGCACGGCUGCUGCAAGCAAGGCCAUACUUUACAUGUGGAGCACAUCAACGGAUCCAUUGGUGGGAGCCAGAGCCAGAGCUCAGCCUCCAUCAGCGGGCCGGAGUCUUCAAAGGAUUCCACCGAGCCACCAACCUCCAAAACUGAAAUAAAGCUGAUAACUCAGCCACUGCUCAGCUCCAGCAUCAAGAACAGGCAGGUGGUCUGCAUCUCCCCCACAGCAAAGGGAACCUGUGUUCCCCAACACUACGGCACCAUGGGCAGCUUCGACACCCUGAUGGCAGAGCUGACACAGCUCCACCCGGCCGUUGGAAGGCAGAGGAUUGUGGACGCUCUGAUGGAGCUGAAGGCCAAGCACCGGGGCGUCCUCAGCGGGCUGCCACUCAGGACCAUCCGGGAGAUGACGUCCCAGCUUCUGACCAGGCCGGAGAGUCCUACAGAGUUAUGAGGAAGCUGUGUCCAAUGAUUCAAAUAUGUUUUGUUGUUACGUGUUAUUUGUUUGAAUAGCAUCACAAUUCAAACUCAACUAUUAAUAUUAAUCUAUAAGGAAUUAUAUUACCUUAAAUUGUUCCAUACCUUUUUUUACAAUCUACCAUAGCAUGUGUUCUUUUCAAGUAGCGUGGAUUGUUUUGGAUUGUUAUUGCAUGUUGUUUUCUUUAAAAGUAAGUACAUUGAACGUUUAAGGGCCUCUGCCAGUUAUUCGGCAGUUUAAUUAGUUGUUUUUUUUAAUGGUUUA